AUGGUUCGACAGCAAAUUUGUCGGUUCCUCUUUCUCACGGCUUUCUGCAUCUACCCAAACUGUGAUGCUUUGGCUCUUCAACGGCAUCAACAGUCCGUCGCCCUAUACGAGAAUAAGCUGUCAACCGAUAGUCCAAAAGCUGAAGCAGGGAAGAGCGGCGAUGUCCUUUUUGUUGAAGAUUUGAGGCCUUCCGCUAUCAUUGGAAACCAAUUCCCCCUCAACACCACUGAAAACUACGCAAAAUCAGUUUCCUCUGCCCUGUUGACAACGAGAUUGACCAACCAUUUUGUCCAGUUUGGAAACGUGAGAAAACUCUCAGUGCUCGGGGUCGAAGACUACCAUCAAUGCCGGCAAAAAAGAAGGCGACGACCGUAUGCAUUUGUGACGUUUGAAGAAAAGGAGUCUGCUACUUUGGCGAUUCGUGAUCAUGAGGAAUGUAAAGCUACAUCUUCACGAGACGGCGGAACGGCAAAUCAAGCUUUGUUUCGAAGAAUUUCUUAUUCCUCGGUCCCAGACACAUGGCGUAGAAAGCCUGUGAAGCCACAAGACAAAAUUGGUGACUUGUCAGCUUCCAUUAUUGAUGGCUUUCAAAGUGGAACCUUGAAAGCCGAUAUUGUGUUGCAAGUCAACAAAUCACACCUCCAUCGAGUUAUGGACUAUGUCAACAAGGGAUUGUCAAUGGCCCACGUAGCUACAGUUACAGGAUACGUCGAAAAAACCUGCAGCCGAACUACAUCUCUCAUAUUCAUCAAGAUCGACUCUGAAAAGGCAUCAGUAUCAAGCUUUGUGGAAGAGUCGUUAGCCCAAGAUCCUUUCAUUUACAAGGGAUUGAACAAGGUUUACGCGAUUGAUGAUUCGUCCAUGUGCUUAUCCGAACAAGAAGUCUGUCUAGAAGCUUGCGGCCUUCUUCGGGAGCUACAACUUCAAAAUGGAUCAGCACCCAUAAGCGUCAAAGUACAAACCUUUCCACCUCAAAUACAGAGUCAAAUUGUUGAGACCAUGGAACACCAUCAACGCCAAGAAGAUCCCUCGAAUCGAUUCGAGAUGGCUCCUUCUAAGCACUCCCAUCUUUUGUCUGUAGUACGAAUCGACAGGAUCGAAGGCGAGUCUAUGUUUUUGUGGUCUCUGAAACCUACAUGGGACGCAAACAUUGAGGAUAUCCAGUCAUCCUCCUUGCUUGGUGACACUGACGUAGUGUCCCGUGCUUAUUUCAAGCUGAAAGAAGCCAUUGAGCGAUCGCAAUCAACCGUCAAGAAGUUUCAAACUAUGCACCAUGAACUGAAAGGGAGUGAUGAAAAGUCUAUGGUUGCAAUAGACUGCGGAGCAGCACCUGGAGGAUGGACAAAGUACCUGGCAUUAGACUUUGGAUGUACAACAACAUACAGCGUUGAUCCAGGGCGGUUGGAUCCAACCGUCGAAAAACUCGAAGGCGUUGUUCAUGUACCUCUGAAGGCUCUUGAGGCAAUCGAAGACUUUUCAAAACAGGGAAAUAUUUGUGCUGAUAUAUGGGUAAGCGACAUGUGUUUGCAUGACAUGAAUGGACAGAUCGAUAUUUUCAAACAAGCUAUUGAAGCUGGGGUGGUAAGACGGAGCGCUCUAUUUUGUUUGACAUUGAAAUGCACUACUGGGUUUUCCAAAGGAUCUUACGACAAACAGGUUGAGCUUGCAUCCCAAAAUCUGGAAGGAAUUGCUUCAGAUAUCACUACGCUACAUUUGUUUUCAAAUCGAAAAGGAGAACGGACAAUUGUAGGCUUGGUUGGCAACUGA